AUGUUACUGAAUGUGGGUGUCAGACUACCUGUGAGCUCUUGGCUCUUGCUCCGUGGAAUUUACACCUGGGGAUCCAUCCUCUCUGGACUUGCGAGGUGUAACUUGUUUGCGAGGUUUGCCUGGUGUUGUUAGUGACCCUCCUUGGCUUCCAUCGUGUUCCAGAGGAUCAGCUAGGAAACUCCAAAGCAGAAGUUCUGUCCCUGGGUUGAUGUCUUUGCAGGCCCUUAGACAGAGACUUCCAUCCACCUCAUGAACAGUAACAUUCUGUUCAUCCUUUCUCCUUGCAUUACAGGCAAAUCUGCAUAAAACAAAGAAAGAGGGUUUCUCACUCCCAAUGACCAAAUUAAAUGUGACAGUAAUGUUAAUGUGUUUGAUACAGCUGAGCGCUAUUCUUCUUUACCUAGAGACACCUACCUAAUCCAAUAGCACCUGUCCCAAAGAUGCCCCUUGAUUAUCGUCUGAUAUGCUUCUUCCAUCAAGCUCUGACGACAACAAAUGUGUUACAUUCAAUACAUUUGCAAUGUUAUAGAAACUUGAGCAAGUGUGUGCCUCCCCCAUCACAAACACUGAUACAUACCUCUGUAAAGUCUUCACUUUGGUCAAAGGUGUUGCUUUGGUCUUCCACGCCCACUAUAAUCCCUUUCUGCAGAGCAUGUCCUACACACCAGAGCCCCAACUGGCCAUCAUUUGCUAGAGAGGGGCCCACUGUCAGUCCACGAGGAACAGCAUUCAGCACACUGUGUAGGGAGUCCUGGUUUAUGGAUGGGCCCCUCAUACCCAGAGAGUCCAUCCUACUCUCUGUAGCCACAAAAUGUAGAGACUCACAAAAAUGCAAAUGUUUUCAAUGUCGUUUACAAUGACACACAAAAAUGCACGUUUUGGAUGUAAUUUACAAUGACUAGCUACAUGGGAAGUUGAAACGUAUCUCCUUGUUUCAAGCUGUCAUUGUCAAUAUGAUACAGUACUGUAUAGGAAACAGCAGCCACAUACACAAUGUAUAUACCAUAGUUAUAUAGCUAGCUGAGUUUUAUGGCCAUCGUUUAUCAAUAAUUGUAUGUGACAUGCAUUCGUGAUUGCUUGGAGCUGCCAAACACGAGUCCCCUGGCGGCAGGCAAGCUUCGUCGUGACAACUUAUGUAUGCAUGAGCAUGCGCGGACAAGGCAACGCAUUUCAGCGCUAAUGUAAGCCCCUGACAAAACAAUUAGCCAACGUUAACAGAGUUUGCCCACUAACAAAAGUUGGCCUGUUUAACUGGAAAUAGUACACGUCGACAAGGGACCGUGAGUAAGUUUGCCAAUGAAUUCGUGACACAGGCAGCAAAUUAUUAUGAAGAAGCACAAGCCAACUAUUAACUGGCGAGCUAGCAAGCUAACUAGCUAUGAUUUCAGUAGCUAGCUGGAACAGGCUUGAGUAGAUGUCAGAAAUCUAGUAACAGUAGUUAUUAAGCUUGAUAGCUAGCUAAUUACGUUAACGUUAUAAGCGAUUUUUCUAUUUGUUCUUGGUGGCACUGAUAAUGCUAACUAACAAAUUCAAGCUACUGUCUUUGCUACCAUGCAUGCAACAUUGUUGUUGUCUGGCUAACCAGUCGACGACAGUGUGGACAUGAUACUACUGUUAGGAUAUCAAACAUAUUUCAAGUAGACGUUCGAUUCGCGGAAAUAACUCGAAAAUAUUAUUUCAACUAACUCAGGAUAUCCACAGGGUCUUUGACAAUUUAUAGCAUUCGUUUUUUCCAUUUGAAAACUCCGGGAAAAUCAUCGUUCUCCAGCCAAGGACAGAAUCCGGAAGUCCUGAAGUUCCUGUCUAUCUAAACAUUCCGACAGGAAACAUGUCCUUUCACGCACAUCGUAAAUGCUAUAUUUAUUCUAAUUCGAAUGGUUAAAAAGCCAAAUGAUUACAUGAUAUAGGCAUGGAUCUUUAGCUACCGUACCUUGCUGUUUUUGUUCUUUGCCAACUAGCUAAUUUACAACAGUUAAUUUGUCAGCGGCAAGAGGAACUCAUGUUUGUCUCAUAGUGCAAGUGCUGUGGUCCCAUUUAUGGUUUUGCCACUGCCAGACUGAAAUUGAAUGUCGAGUUUAUUUUAAAUACUAGGCCUAAUUUAUUACCUGAUCCACCUGUAUUCAUGGACUGCCAUUAUAUUAUGUUUUUUCUACCAACAGACCUGACAUGGUAUGCUGAGGUGGGGAGUCUGGGGACCGAUGCACUAUGGCAGAGUCACUUGCCAUCCAGGACCAUUCAACUGAAGCAGAACUAUGCACCAAGUAGUAAUAUGAAUCAAUUUGGCCUAGUAGCCAGCAGAUCCGACCCACCCGCUUGCUUACAGCUGCAGACAGGCUAGGGUCGGACAGGCUUCCUGUGUAAAUUAAGACACAGCGGAGCCAGCGCGAGAUAUAGCUCGGAAAAAGUACCUCAAUCCAGGGAUCACAAAUGUGUUGUACUCCGAAUUGUCCCAUUAUCCCAACUGUUACACCGAGAAGAUUGAAGACUGAUCAAAUAGUAGUCUUAAUCUACACAGAAAGCCUGUCUGACCCUAGUGCAGCUGUAAGCAAGCAGGUUGGAUCUGCUGGAUAGCCUAGUAGUAGCUAUGUGUUCUAUCCUCUACUAAUCAAUGAUCUGCUGUUUUGAUCAGUGGAGGCUGCUGAGGGAAGGGCGGCUCAUAAUAAUGGCUGGAAUGGAGUGAAAGUAAUCAAACGCAUGAAAACCAGGUGUUUGAUACCAUUCCAUUCACUCCAUUUCGGCCAUUAUUAUGAGUCGUCCUCCCCUCAGCAGCCUCCACUGGUUUUCAUGUAGCCCAGUCUGUUUUAAAUUGGCUGCAUUGAUAGCCCAUCUUUGCAGGUUAGUUGAAUAAAUUGAUGCUAAUCAGGUGCAGUUAUAAAAAAAAACAUUUGACACUCAUCCAGAGAUUGUAUUUUGAUAUGCUAUAUCUUCUUAUAGUGAAAUAAAAGACAUUGAGUCCUUUGAGACAGAAGGAGCCAACCAGAGAUUGAAAGCCGACCACUUGCUUUUCACCAUUCAAAGACACCAAAAAUGUUACGUCUGGUGUGAGUAUAAGCUAUUUCUGUCCAGUGCCUUUACACACAGACUCGCACCAAGAGCCUUAGACUAUGACUAAGAGCAGCAAAACUGUGUUUGACUGUUUCAUUUGUUCUGAUACUUUGAUACAUUUCCCAGUGCCACUAGGCCUAUCAUUAUUUAUGUGAAUAUUGCUUAUUUAUUGCUUAUAUCAUGUAGUCUAUAACGUCUAUUGUUGCUGUGGUAUUAUUUUUUCAUCCAUGCAUCAUUGCUGUGAUUCUUUUUAUUAUUUUACCUUCAAAUUAUACUGCCUAAAACGUACCUUUGUCAUGCCUUACAGUUUGUGAGGAGUGCAAAGACUAUUUUAUUGAUGAAUGCCCCACACAUGGCCCUCCAGUUUUUGUGCCUGACACCCCUGUGCCAGUGGGCGUCCCAAACCGUGCCGCCCUUACUACCCCUAGUGGCAUUGAGGUCAUUCAGGAAGGCAGUGAGGUGGACGUGUGCUGCGUAGACAAAGACAUUCCCAGGGGGGCACUAUUCGGUCCUUACCAGGGUGAAGUGAUGUCACAGGAUAAGUCCUCUGGUUUCUUCCCCUGGAUGGUGAGUUGAAUCCACAAACCUUACUAUGUUCUGCAAUUCACUCUUCACUAGUAUAUGGUAUACCUCAUGAAAUUGUCUACCUAAUUUCAUGCACCAUGUGUAACUUUAAGGCUCUCGCAUCUAUGUAUUUAUGUCAAUGUUUUUUAUCCCUAGUUGGUGGACAAAAACAACUCAUACAAAUCCAUUGAUGGUAGCGACGAAACCAAAGCUAACUGGAUGAGGUAUGUCCGAAACUCUUCAGAGGACAUUGAGCGAAACCUGACAGCCUUCCAGCAUGGCGAGCACAUCUACUUCCAGGUGUGCCGUGACCUAUCAGUGGGGGAGAGGCUGCGGGUAUGGUACAGUGAUGACUACAUGGACCGAUUACACCGCAUGUCCCAGGACACCAUCGACAGCAACUUGGCCAUAGGUAACACUCCUACCAGCCUCAUCCCCUCUAGUUAACUACCAAACAUAUUUUAUUGCUUUCCAUAGUGCUACAAUGUGUGUCAUUUUCUACCCAUAUCACUGAUCUAAGAUCUCCUAAAUAGUUAUUCUAAGAAAUGCAUUAGUAUGACUGACUUUGAAGGAAAGAUGAAGAUCAUUGAAAUACAUUUUGACCACCAGGGGGAGCCAUGUUGCAAAAUACAUGCAGAAGCUCAAACAGUGAAUGGCAAUAUUAAACCAGUUGUCACCUUUUUGAAAUUAAUACUUCAUAUAUCAACAUGUUGUUUUACGCACAAAUAUAGUUAAUGAAGAGGAUUUUGUCAUUUUAUUAUGUAAGAAUGAUUACAUGUUUGUUUAUAUUAUUAUAAGCAGUUUUAAGGUGCUUACCUGUCAGAGGCUGAUCAAGUUGAACUUGGGGUUUUGAAUGAUCAUCUUGUCUCCCUCCACAACAGUUGAAAAGGACUCACGAGUGUGGUCAAGCCCCUGGAAUGUUACAGCCCGGGACCGGGAAGCUACCCAGGCCCUCAUCGAGCACUACGGGUCCCCAGAGAUCCAGGGCCUACUGAACGACCGGACAACCAGAACCAAGCAGAUCUUUGAGAUCAUCGCCAGUCGGAUGGAGGCACAGGGCUUCCUGAUCAGUGAGAACUCCUGGCAGGCUGGCAAGCGAUGCUUCCAAAAGUGGCGCAACAUGGAGCGCACGUACAAAGACUAUGUGCUGGUGUCCAAGAGGACUGAUGCUGGACGCAGGAAACAGCCCGAGUUCUUUGACCAGUUCCAUGCACUCAUGGGCCAGAGGCUGAGCUCCAAGCUGGCUACUGCUGACACCCCAUCCAGGGCGUUGGCCAAGCUGAAGCCUAAAGCUGUAGCACCAACUCCAAGCCUGCCCCUCUAUACUAUUGUAGUCCCAUCAGGUCAUCCAGUCAAGCUCGGUAUCCCCUCCACCUCUAGCCCAGAGGCAGAGAUUGGAGUCCAUGCAGGCACCACUGAACCUGAACCGCUAGCCAGGAAGUCCAGGUGCGAACGGGUCCCACAUCCCAAGAUACUCCAGUCAAAUGUGGAGGAGGAGAGGGCAGAGAAUCAACUCCAAAAGGGGAGGAGGAGGUUGUGGCUUGGGGAUGACAGAGGUACAUUUGUAAUGAUGUUGAAUCUUAGCAGUUGGCCUAUAACUGAAAAGGACGCAGACAGUUUUCAAAAUCAUUGACAGUAUUUGUGUAAUAACUCUUUCUAUCUUCAUGUCUCUAGCUGCUGAGAACGGUGGGUACCUGCCUGUGUGGUCAGAGCGGAAAGUUAUCAGUCAGGACAUUGAGGCAACGGAGGCAUUAGUAGAGCUGUACAGCUCUCCAGAGAUCCAGGGACUGAUCAGGGAGAAAAAGACCCGAACCAAGAGGAUCUUUGAGAUCAUAGCUAGCAGGCUGAAGGAGCAAGGCUUCCACAUCAGUGAUGUGCCUGAGCAGGCAGGGGAGCGAUGUUUCCAGAAGUGGCGGAACCUGUCGAGGGCGUACAAGGAGUACAUCCUCCACCCAGAGAAGGCUGACAUGGCCAAGAGGAAGCUUCCUGCCUACUUCAACAGGCUGCAAGACCUCAUAGGCCACCGGCUCAGCCUUCAACUAUCUGAAGACUCCCCCGAGCCUGAUGGCAGCAUGGGAGAUGCUGAGGCAGAUGCAGGGGUUGAGGACAUAAGCCAGAAUCUGUUACACAUUGCGGAGGUGCUGGCGAGCCCCAUUGACAUUGUCAGUCCCCCCUCCACUUCUGCCACCUUCUCCUCUUCACAGACAGGAAACCACCUCCAAGUUGGACCCAGUGGGUCGGAAGAGAAGGAGGAUGGCAGACAUGUUGGAUGUCUUUCAAGGUUACAGGGAGGAGGACAAACGAUUGCAAGAGGAGAGGGAAAGGAGGGCAGAGGAGCGCUUUAAUCAGCUGCGAAGCCUUCUGCAGCAACAGCACACAGAGACUAUGGCGGGGAUGAGAGAACUGAUCAAUUCCAUGAAGACGAAAAAACAAUGA